UGCUCAAAAAAAAGCAAGAGUUCAAAAAAAAAGGAAGAAUAAAGAAUCCGGGCCUCCUCAAAAAAAAUUACAAUAUGAAUUGGAAUCUGAAGAUGGUGAUGAACAAUAUAAAGGUGACGAUGAUAAAUUAGAAGAUACAUCCGAAAAAGUUGAUAAUAGGCUUGAAAAAGUUGGUGAAAAAGACGAAAAAGUUGAUGUAAAUUUUAAUAUCAAAAAUAUAUGCGAAAGUAUUGUUCAAGAAAUUUGCGAGAAACUAAAAAAAACAACUAAAGACGAAAUCAGCAAGUUUCUUAAUGAAAUGAGAUCCGAAAUUAGAGAAAAUUUAAAAUAG